CAUCAAUAAACCAGACGAAGAACAAGGGGAGCAGCUGAAAAAUACCAACAGGGACAAGAUUGAGAAGAAAGGAAGAGAAAGAAAUGAAGCUGAUAUGGUCCCCUGAAUUGGCUACCAAAGCCUAUCUCGAUACUGUUAAAGCAUGUGGGAUUAGCCAGGAAUCCGGCGUAGCAGAGCUGGUUUCGGCUAUGGCGGCCGGCUGGAACGCCAAAUUCACAGUGGAGACAUGGUCCCGCGGCGGGCCGGUGGCGACCAGCAUCGGCCUCGCCGUCGCCAGCCGUCACUCCGGCGGGCGGCACGUGUGCGUGGUCCCCGACGAGAAUUCCAGAUCGGAGUAUUUGCAAGCACUGCGUCAGGCUGGCGGUGGGAAUUCGAUUAAUAUUCUGCCGGCGGCCAAUCAGGUGGUGGUGGGGGGACCGGAAGAGGUGAUGCAAGGGCUGGAGGGGAUCGAUUUCCUUGUGGUAGAUUCGCGGCGGAAGGACUUCGCCAGGGUGCUGAGAGCGGCCAAGCUCAGCGGCAGGGGAGCGGUGCUGGUGUGUAAGAACGCUAGUUCGAAGCAGGCGGCGAGCUUUCUGUGGCGGGGCGUUCUGGAUGGCGGGUCGACCAGGCGGUUGGUCCGGUCGGUUUAUCUUCCUGUUGGCAAAGGGCUGGAUAUUGCACACGUGGCAACUAGCGGUGCCGCGAGCAGUACCGCCGUCGGCGGGCAGAGUAAAAGCAGCCAGAGCAGGUGGAUCAAACAUGUUGAUCGAGAGUCGGGGGAGGUUCAUGUUAUCAGAAAGUGA